AUGGCUGUCCUCAGGACUCUGUUCUCCACGCUCGUUGCAGCGACGGGGGUUCUCGCGGCUUCACGGCCCUACUCGUCUGCCUACCUCGCGAAACAGUUCCCCCAGACGUUCACGGACUCGUACAACAUCCUCAAACAUGUGGGUGCCAUCGGCCCGUACUCUGACCGUGUGGGCUACGGCAUCGACCCAAACCCGCCGCAAGGCUGUGCCGUCGACCAGGUCAUCAUGCUCAUGCGCCACGGCGAGCGGUACCCGGACACCACGACGUACGGGAGAAUCAAAGCCGUGCUCGACAAGCUGGAUGCCGCCGGCGUUUCCCAGUGGUCCGGGGACCUGGCCUUUCUGCACGAUUGGACCUUCUACAUCGACGACCCGGGCUUUUUGGAGCAGGAGACCUUCUCCGGUCCGUACUCGGGUCUGCUGCACGCCCUGAGACAAGGCACCGAGUACCGCGCCCGCUAUGGCCACCUGUGGGACGGGGAGUCCGUGGUGCCCAUCUUCGCGGGCGACUAUGAGCGCGUCAUCGAGACUGCCAGGUACUUUGGCAUGGGAUUCUUCGGGUACAACUACUCGACCAACGCGGCCAUCAACAUCAUAUCCGAGAACGCCACACGCGGCGCAGACAGCCUGACGCCCAGCUGCCCGGCCGACAAGAGCUUGCUGGCGUGCUUCUAUGCGCAGAGGACUUUGCCCCAGUUCAACGUGGCGGCGGCGCGGUUGAAUGCGCAGAACCCAGGACUCAACCUGAAUUCUUCCGACGUGGUGCCCUUGAUGAGUAUCGCCACAUACGAGCUUCAGGCUCGUUCCUAUUCACCCUGGGUGGAUGCCUUCACACUCGAUGAAUGGAUCGCGUUCGGAUACGUCCAGGACUUGACUUAUUACUAUUGCUCUGGUCCCGGAAACCCAUACUCGAUCGCGAUCGGCCAGGUGUUUGCGAAUGCGUCGCUCGCACUUCUCGAGGCUGGGCCAAGUCACGGUACCAUGUGGUGGAACUUCGCCCACGACGCCAACAUCACGCCCGUCGUGGCGGCGCUGGGCCUCGACGUGCCCUCGUCGCCCCUCCCCAACGACACCGUCCCCUUCCCCAACCCCUACCGCGUCACCGACAUCGUCCCCAUGGGCGGGCACCUCGUGCUAGAACGGCUCUCGUGCAACGCGACCGCCGCCCCGACCCCUCAGGGAAUCUACGUCCGCGCACUGAUCAACGAGGCCGUCGUGCCCUGGCCCAAGUGCCAAUCUGGCCCGGGCUUCUCGUGCCCGCUGGCCGACUACGCCGACAUGGUCGCCCGCGCGCCCAACUUCGUGCAGUCCUGCAACAUCUCCGCGCUGGGGUAUGCCGAGUCCCUCGACUUUUGGUGGCGGUACAACACCUCCACCGAGUGGAACUUUCAGCACGGGAGUAUUCCCUGGCAGCAGACGUAUACGCAUGUCAACGGAUGA